AUCCGGUGGUUCUUGUUUUGUUUUUUUUAUUUUUAGGGAACUUACAUCGAAUCGUUUACGUUGGUCAGAAGAUACGACGCAGGUUCUCAACGGGCUAAAGUCUGUUACUGAGAUAAAGUUACAGAAUAACUCCAUUUCUGGUCUGCAUGCAGGUUUAUUUCACGAAUGUCCGACGUUACAAUAUUUACAUUUAGAUAACAACAACCUAAAGCGGAUUCCUGUUUCAAGUUGUAUGCAUCUACAGAAACUGACCGCUUUAUAUUUAGCUAAUAAUCAAAUACAAGAAGUGGGUAUGGAUUUAUCAUAUUUAAUUCAUCUACAAUAUUUAUAUUUAACCGGAAAUCAGAUAAGUAAUGUUCACCCCAAAUCUCUAGACAGAAUUGAGUCACUGAGGGCUAUAUGGUUAAACAAAAAUAAUCUAAGUGGUUUGGCUGAAGAUUUGUCAAAUUUGUUUUACCAAAUAAAUGAAAUAAAUUUGUUAGAGAAUCCAUGGAAAUGUGAUUGUCAUUUGGUGUGGUUAGUUAGAUGGUUUCAGCGAAAGACUAGCCUACUUAGUCCCACUUGUAACACGCCCCACCCUCUUGUAUCGUGGACAGAUAUAAAACUGAGUGACAUGAGAUGUGCCAUUGAUUCAGCAUGUACAGGUUCCAAACUACAAACAAGUUGCGCCUACUGUCCAGCAUUUGAGUACUUAAACCAGGCUGGUAAAUGUGUCUGUCUAGAUGGUUAUGAACGACCACAUCAUUCAACAUCAUGUACAGCAUGUGUUGAUGACACCUCCAGUAAAAGUAGUGCCCCAUGCACAAAAUGCGAGAAUCAUUCCAGCACUCUUUCAUACGCUUCAACGACGUGUUCCUGUCAACCUGGAUACACAUUCGACACACAAACCAAAUGUACAGCGUGUCCAGCUAAUACCUAUAAAUCCAAAUAUGGAACCUAUCCCUGUAAUCCGUGCCCAAGAUACAGUAUUUCCCUUGUCGGAAGUAAGAGUUCCAGUCAUUGUGUGUGCGAAAACUCCUCUAGUAAUAAACACAGCUAUAGAAUACAAGUUUGCCUGCCUUUAAUUAGUGAUGCUACUGACAUUUUGGUUUCGACAGAGAGACAGACAGCCACAAUGAUGGUUCAAGGUCGAAAUGACUUCCAAGGGCCGAUGCUUGUGGGGUUUGCUACAUUUUUUUGUUGUUCCAUAAUCAUAAUCUUAUUGAUUGUUUAUAUCCGUCGUUAUGGUAACCACGCUUCUCGUCGUGAAGUCCCUGGGGAUAGGGGUACUGAAACUGUGACAUUGUCAUCUGCUGAUUGGUUGGAUGGUUUUGCAAUAAGUAAGGACGGCCGAUAUUCAAAAUGGGAUGUACCAAUCAGAAAGCUUAAAAUUGGCCGUCUGUUAGGAAAGGGCGCCUUUGGUUUGGUUAAUGAGGCCUGUGCUUAUGGUGGCUCUGGCUUUGAUAAUAAAACUUUUAAAGUGGCAGUGAAACGGUUACGAGAUUGUGCGUCAGAGGAGGACAUUACUUCACUGAAACAAGAAUUAGAACAAAUGAAGUUAGUCGGACGACAUCCAAAUAUAAUAUCAUUAUAUGGCUUCUGUCAUCAUAAAGGACAAACAAUGAUAAUUAUGGAGUUGGCGGAACUUGGCGAUUUAUUGACCUACUUAAAAGAAAGGGCAGCUAACUCCCAGAGUUAUGUAUCUAUUUCGCCGGAAGGGGACAUUUCUGAAGAAGAAACCAAGCAAAUAACAGAAGAUAGGGAGUUAAUGGCAUUUGCCUGGCAGGUUGCUAAGGGCAUGAGUCAUAUCGAAAGUCUGAAGUGUAUACAUCGAGAUUUAGCUGCUAGAAAUGUUUUAUUAGCUCAAGGUCCAGUAGCAAAGAUAUCAGAUUUUGGUUUGUCUAGAGAUGUGUACGAAAACGGUUACUAUUUACGGGUGACAAAGGGUCGAUUGCCUUUUAAAUGGUUAAGUCCGGAAGCCUUAUUAUGGGGUCAGUUUAGUUGCAAAGGGGAUGUGUGGUCUUAUGGUAUGUUGCUAUGGGAGAUUACGACAUUAGGGGCUUCCCCUUACCCAGGAAUACCUGCUGAUCGUAUGGCAGAUCUUCAUAGAUCUGGAUAUAGGAUGCCUCAACCGCCAAAUUGUCCAGAUCAAUUAUACAAUAUAAUGAGACGUUGUUGGGAUGAAGAUCCACGUAAAAGACCAACAUUUGCCAAGUUAUGUGAAGUAAUGGAAACUAUAUUAUUAGGUGCAAUGGAUAGGAAUUAUUUAGAAAUUCAGCCAAAUCCUCUCUACAGCAACGAACCGAGCAUUAAUCGUGAACUUUCUAAUAAAGAACUAAGCCAGGUAGCUCUCGGUUCAGACGAAGUUUUGCCGUGCCUUCAAAGAUGUAUAGAUAGCCCAAAAUACGACGGUUCCUCCGGGUAUUUCAGUCAAACAACUGGAUUUUACUCCUGAAAGUAGGAACAAUAAGUGUCUUGUCAUUGGUUCUUCCUUAAUUUUUCUGAUUACAUUUUUUUAUAUGUAAAUAUAGUGGACCUUAAGUGCAUACGAUUUGAUUAUGUGGAAACUGCUUCGCAUAAAGAUGCAUUAUCUAAGAUUUAGAUAAAGAGCUAGCCAUUAUAGUUUAAAAAUAGAUAAUGAGAAAAAUGAAUACAUUGAAAAUUUCAUUCAAAUUACUUUAUGCUAUGACUGUUUGAAUAUUGUAUCGCAGAUUGUAUAUUAUCGUAGCAGCGGUACUUGAUAACCGAGACUAAGUCUCGAUUAUUCAUUUUAUCGUUAAGUUUUUAAAUUUCGUGGGUGUUCAAAUCCCUUUGAAUUUCGGCCACUCGAUGGUCUAGAGGGUUAAUUAUAAGCUUGUCAUCCGAAUAAAUGCCUAUAAAUGUUAUAGGCAGAGCUAGCUCUUACAUAAUGAAUCUUAAGAUGACCAUAAAUAUCCAUGCUGCUAAGUUUUAAUAAAAAAUAAAUUGUGUGUAAACAUU